UCACAAAACAGAACCUAUUUCGAAGUCAUAAUGAUAAAACCACGUUAGUUCUAUCCCCUAUAUGACAAUUACUCUAUAGUAAUCCUAUAACAAUGACUCAAUUUAUAAUCUAUACUCGUUAAUAUAGAUCAAAUUGUUACAAAACGUGUCCGCAAAAGGACCGGCACCGGCGCACCACACAAAAUAAUUUAAAUUAUAAGUAUGGGGUAAAUACCAUCAACCCUUAUAUAUAUCAACAAUUCAUUUUGCAACAAUUAAAUUAAUUACAAGAUAAAACAAACAGAAUGACUACUUAUUCAGACGCAUCAUUUAACACUCAACAUUAUGAUGAUUCAAGACCCAAUUAUCCCAAGUCGUUCUAUCAAGAAUUAAUGAGAUAUCAUGAUUCCGUAAUUGAACCAUUCAACUAUCAUACUGAAAAGUAUAUCCAUGACGUUGCUAUUGAUACUGGUUGUGGAUCAGGGUUUGUCGCUUAUGAAUUAUGUAAUCAUUUUAAAAAGGUAUAUGGUAUAGACCCAUCUCAGGCGAUGAUUAAACAAUGUAAUGAGAAGAAACCUUCUUCUGACCAAAUUCAAUUUGAAAUUGGAUAUGCUGAAGCGUAUCCUGGGAUUAUCGCUCCAAAUUCAAUUGAUUUGAUCACGGGGGCGGAAUGUUGUCAUUGGGUUGAUCAUCCCAAAUUCUUUAAAGAAUCAGCUAGAGUACUUAAAAAAGGGGGCACUUUGGCAUAUUGGUUUUAUAAAGAUCCGGUGUUUGUAGGGUUUCCAAAAGCCAAUGAGAUAUAUACUAAUUAUACUUAUAAUUCGUCCUUAGAAUUAAACCCUGAGGAUAAAUUUGAAAGAUAUAUGGGUCCAUAUUAUCAACAGCCAGGUCAUGAUUAUCUUCGAACUUUAUUAAAGGAGAUUGAAGUUCCUCAAGAUUUAUUUACUGAUGUUUUAAGACAUGAAUAUAUUAUUGAACGAGAUGGAUACCCCACAGAUUUCAAAAAAGGAGGAGAUGAUUACACUCCAUUAUUCAUACAUAAACGAAUUACAUUAAAAUGGUUUUUAAAUUAUGUCAAGAGUUGGAGUGCAUAUCAUAGUUGGAUGAAAGAUCAUGGUGAUAAAUAUAAUAUUGCGGAACGAUUUGUUGAUGAAUUGAAAUUAGAAUUAGGAUGGACUGAUGAUACUGAAUUAGAUGUGGUUUGGGAUACAGUUUAUACAUUUGCUAGAAAGAGAUAAAAACCUAAAUUAAAUUAGAAAGAAGUAAAUAAAUAAAUAAAGAAAUAUAAAUAUAAAUAUA